AUGCCUGACAUCAACACCGAAAAGGGCCAGCUUUCUCAAGAGGAACUCGUUGAAACAACGGAAUGGCGAGCCCGCGAACGGAGACUGGUCCGUAAACUUGACAUGACCCUGCUGCCUGUGGUAUGGGUUCUAUACUUGUUCAACUACCUCGACCGAAACAACAUCUCUCAAGCUAGGCUGAACUCCUUUGAGAAGGACCUCGGAUUAAAGAACGACGACUUCAAUACUGCUGUAUCCAUCCUGAAUGUUGGAUAUAUGCUUGCCCAGCUCCCCUCCAACAUGCUCAUCACCCGCAUCAGGCCUAGCAUUUAUCUUCCUACCUGUGUCGCUAUCUGGUCAUGCGUGUCAGCCUCCACAGCAGCAGUAACAAGUUAUGGAGGCCUGGUUACAGUUCGGUUCUUUCUCGGAAUCGUUGAAGCUCCUUUCUUCCCCGGUGCCUUCUAUCUCUUAUCCUGCUGGUACACAAGGAAAGAACUAGCUCUACGCACUGCCGUCUUGUACUCUGGCCUUGUUCUAGCAACCGCGUUCUCGGGCUUGAUUGCGGCCGGUGUCUUCUCAGGUCUUGAUGGAGCCAGAGACAUCGCAGGCUGGCAGUGGCUCUUCAUCAUCGACGGCGCGGGCAGUUUCCUUGCCGCCUUGGUCGCCUUCUUCCUUCUGCCUGACUACAUAGAGUCCAAGACUGGAAGCGGCAAAUGGCUCUUCACAAAGGAAGAGCGCGAGCUGGCUGCAAAGAGAAUGGCUCUUGAUCGUGUGUCCCUCCCAGAGGCUGACCGGUCUGUUUGGUACGGCGUGCGCCUGGCCCUCAAAGAUACCAGGACUUGGAUAUUUGUGCUCCUCCUUUGCUCAAACCACACUGCCUACGGCUUCAACUACUUCUUCCCGACCAUCGUCAGCGGCUUUCACAUUGGCUCACAGACCAUCACCCUCGUCCUCACGGCCCCUCCAUACCUCUUUGGCGCCGCCGUAUCGUUUGCAGUUGCUUACUCGAGCGACCGCCGCAACGAACGAAGCUACCACAUCUCGAUCCCAAUGGCCGUUGCAGCUGUAGGCUUCAUCAUCUCCACGGCAACGCUCAACAUUGGAGCGCGCUACUUUGCAUCUUUCCUCUACUGCUCUGGCGCCUUUGCAGCCAACGCCAUGGUAUAUUCGUGGGCUGCGAGUACUCUCAACCAGACGCCCGAGAAGAGGGCUGCUGCGACGGCCAUCAUCAAUCUUCUUGCCCAGCUGGGUAAUAUUUGGAGCCCAUAUUUCUUCCGUCCACAAGAUGAACCUCGGUAUGCCCUUGCCAUGAUUCUGAUGAUGGUGUUUUCAUUCAUUAGUAUUGGGUGCUCCUCGUUGCUUAAAGUCUUGCUUCGGAGAGAGAAUGUCAAGCUGCUGAGAGAGGCAGAAGUCUCUGGACAGAGGGUCACAUUAUAUACUCUGUAA